AUGGACUGGAAGCGCCUGCAGGGCAGCAACCCCACGGAGACGGCCGUGAUUGCUGUAUCCGUCGCCUCGUCGCUGCUGUACCUCGUCAGCGUCCGCGCCGCGCCCAGCAAGACGCGCAUGGCGUACAAGACGCUCUCGACGGCGCUGCUCGCGUGCUUUGCCGCGCUGCGCGCCGGCCGCACCUCGCCGCUCGUGCCCGCGCUCGCGCUCGGCUCCGUGGGCGACGCGUUCCUCGCGUGGCCCGGCGAGGCCAACUUUCUCUGCGGCCUCGGCAGCUUCCUGGUCGCGCACCUCUUCUACGUCGCGCUCUUCGCGGGCCUGGGCAGCGGCCGCGAGCAGAUCGCCGCCGACGCCUGGCGGCAGGGCGUGGCGGGCGUCAUGAUGCUGCUGGCGCCGGGCAUGGCAGCCGUGCUGAUGCCGCGGGUCGCGGGCGCGCUGCGGGCGCCCAUCCUCAUCUACACGGCGACGAUCCUGACCAUGGUGCUGGCGGUACUCACGGUGCGGAGCGGGACGAUUGUGCUGGGCGGCGUGCUGUUUGCGCUGUCCGACUCGAUCCUGGCGACCGAGGAGUUUGUGGUGGCGAGAGACUCGGGUCAUCGGCCGUGGAUGCAGCAUGCAGUAUGGAUCUUGUAUUACUCGGGCCAGUUUCUGAUUGCGGCUGGCUUUUAA